GUAGCUAGCUGCCAAGCUAGAAGCUAGAAGUCUUCUAGUUUCUUGUUCCAUGACAGAUUGACUGCCUUCGCCCGUGUUGAGGACUGACAGUACGGAUAAUGGCGACCGCAACCACCGUGAUCGCGGCCAAGGGGGCGGAAGAUGGAGCCUCGGAUUCAAGUCACUACACGAUUGUCCGUAAAACGACAAAUCUUGACCGAAUGUUCUACACCUACCAUCGUCUCGGAAUCCAAUCCAACGUUCUAGUCGCAGCUCGCUACGCCUCGGCCCAACCAGGCAAGCAGCGCCUAAUCCUAUCCGAUGACGCAGUUUUCUCAGCUCUCCACGUCAUCGUUGCAAAAUACCCAGAGCUUGGCCUUGUCGGAGUCGUAGGGCCAGCCGCCCAGGGGGAUAAGCAUAUCCUGUCUCUCGCAACACUCAACGAGAUCAAUCUCGAGCGCUGCGUCGAGUUCAUCGAUGACGAGACAGCCCAGGUCGACGCCAAAUUCCUAGAAAACCUUCACGGUAAAUGGCACUGGGCUGAUGGCACAGUCGAAGCCGGAGUGCCCUGGUGGAAAAUCAUCGUCGUCGGACGCCGAGACGUCGUCUUCGUCUACCACCACCUCGUCUGUGACGGCGCUUUCGGGAUGACAUUCCACCGCGAGCUCCUGGAUGCCCUCAACGCAUCAGCCGUCUCCGAUACGGGCUCCGCGCCCACUCGUAUCAUUAAGCUGGGUCCCGACAGGGUACGACUCAGCACGACCCUCGAAAACGCCAUUCACAAGAAACCAGCGGUUCUCGGCGUCAUCUACAACCUCCUCGUCUUCCUCUUCUACCGGUUCUUCUACGCAAAGAAGCUCUUCUUCGUCAACUUCCCCAAGUCGAAGGAGCUGCUCAAGGACCCGAUGGCCGUCGCUGGACCCUCGGACCGCACCGUCACAAAGGUGACGACGUGUCGUAUUCCUUCUGACAAGAUGAACGCCAUCAUCAAAGCGUGCCGCGCGCACGACACAACCUUCACGCCUUUCCUGGCCGUUGUCGUCGCCGGUACCCUCGCAGCGGACUUUUAUCCCCACGCCGAGGUCGGGUUCACCCGGUACGCCGUGGAUAUGCGCGCCACGGGCUGCUUCGACACGGCUUCCCCAGACGAGGGUAAACUGCUCAACCUGGCUGCAAGUCUUCCCGAGGCGGAGAGGUUGAAGAAGUACCGCCAGGCCUUCUCGGCGUCGUCCUCAGUGGGCGACAAGCAAAAGGGCCUCACCGCGACCAUCGAUUCUAAGGUCGCCUGGGACCUGGUUCGGGACUACGGGAGACGAAUGGUAGAAUCGCGAAGUGGCGGGGAUGAGUCUUACCUGUACAAGGCCUGGAUCAGCGGCAAUGCUCUCGGACCAAGCCUCGAGGAGUUUGCGGAGAAGUUGCCGUCGAUGGGGCUGUUCAUGCAGAACAGCUUUUCAGUCUCCAACGUUGGAUGCCUCAAGACCGCGCCCCCGUCCUUGGGUCUUGAAGAGCCGGUGGUGAAGAUUGAGGAUGUGCAAUUUUCGGCUGGCCCGGUACAAGGUGCCGUCGGCUAUCAUGGCAUCGUGUUCAAUGUGGCGGGAGUUGCGAGCGGCGAUACUGUCAUCAACGCCUGCACUGAAGGGGGAAUGGCGCCUGAAGGAAUGGUUGAAGCCGUGUUGGAUGGUGUCAUGGCUAGAGUCAAUGCAUUGCUGCAAGAGGAGACCACUCCAAGUGAUGGCGGUGGCCGCAAGGGAUUUUGGCAUGCUUUUGGCUGAGUCAAGAGGAGUUGUAUCGCUUCAGACAGACGUAAUGAGAACCAGCUACGAAGUGCCAGAUCCUUGGUCAUAAUCAGAACCUCUCGCAAGACUACAUGCAGCUUUGCCAACCACUUACAUGCUGGAUCGAAGAUGAACCCCGGGUGAGAGACAAGUUUGAUGCCUGCCCGGUCUGCUAGAGAUAUUUGGAUCUUAUCUCCCAGUGAAGCGUGAUUACAAUAGCAUGUUUAGACAGGUGUUUGUGGCGCUGUAUGUGACUGGCUAGAGGUUGCAAGGCGACUGGUAGACGAUGGUGAAUGCCCUUGGUUACUUGGUUCAAAC